AUGAAGUACUCCGCCAUUCUGUUGGCUUCCGGCCUUACGGCGGCCUACGCUCUGCCCACCGCUCAGCCCGCGACUGACUUGGCCGUCGAGAAGCGCACGCUCGGUCUGUUGCACAAGGUUCUAGGAAGCCUUGGUCAGUACGGACACGGAAGCAUUCCAUCAAGCUACGGAGGGUCGAAGCCAUCCGGGUAUUCUCCACCAUCGUCUUACAGCCACGGAUCGUCUCCACCAUCGUCUUAUGGUGUGCCUUCUGGAUAUGGCAGCGGCGGCGGAUCUUCUCACGGCGUUCCUUCUGGAUAUGGCAGCAACGGCGGUUCUUCUCAUAGCAGCGGAUGCCCCGGUUGCAACGGCGGCGGGUUGCCACCUACCAACGGACCAUUUCUCAGAUCAGCCAACUUGACGAUUCGGUAGCACGGCGGAUCAUCCCCUCCCCCAUUGUCUUACGGCGGGACAACACCACCAUCGUCAUACGGCGGCAGCAAUAGCACUCCUCCCUCUUACCCGUCCAACCCGCCCUCGAGCCCACCAUCGAGCCCACCAUCGUACCCACCAUCCAGCCCUCCAUCAGGUCCGCCGAAGGGACCACCAGCUGGCCCACCAAAGGGCCGUCCUUCCGGUCCUCCCUCCAGUCCGCCAUCAGGCCCGCCGUCCUACCCUCCAUCCGGCCCACCUAAGGGUCCGCCGUCUGGUCCACCAUCUGGCCCACCAUCUGGCCCACCGAAUGGACCACCCAAGGGACCGCCAUCUGGUCCUCCCUCUGGCCCACCUAAGGGACCGUCUUCCAGCCCACCCAGCUACAACACGAACCCUCCACCAUCGUCGUACGGCAGCACUCCUCCACCAUCAUCUUACGGCGGAAGCUCCUCUCCUCCUACCUCGUACUAG